AUGUUCGACAAGACAUAUGCCGGAGACGGCGAGGCGGCCGAUUGGUCUCUCGAUAAGGACAUGGAGAAGAAAUUCGACCCGAAGCAAUUGGAGCCCUUUGGAAAUGAGGAGACGGCCGAGAUCAAAUAUCGGACUAUGAAAUGGUGGCAUUGCGGAAUGCUCAUGAUCGCAGAGAAUGUCUCUGUUGGUAUCCUUUCUCUGCCUUCGGCUGUGGCUACUUUGGGAAUGGUUCCCGCUGCUAUCAUGAUCUUGUUUAUCUCCGCGCUCUCAUGGUAUACUGGCUAUGUCAUUGGACAAUUCAAGCUUCGUCAUCCUGAGGUACACAGUAUGGGAGAUGCCGGCGAGAUCUUGAUGGGCCCUUUCGGCCGUGAGCUACUGGGAAUCGGCCAGCUGCUGCUACUUAUCUUCCUUAUGGCAAGCAACAUCCUGAUGUUUAACAUUCUCAUGAACGUGCUCACAGACCACGGUACCUGCACGUUGGUAUUUGGUGUCGUUGGUCUGAUUAUCUGCUUUUUGGGUGCCUUACCUCGUACAAUGGACAAGGUCUACUGGAUGUCCGUUAUUUGUGAGUGGAAUCAAGACUGUAACGAUAUGCUCGAAGAACGAUCAACUGACCAGGGUCAAGCAUUCUUGAGUGUCUUUAUAGCAACAGUGUUGACCAUGAUCACCGUGGGAGUGGAGAGCAAGGGACCUGUCCCGAACCAAGUCACCACGGAGGUCAGCUUCCGCGAAGGCUUUUUGGCUGUGACCAACAUCAUUUUCGCUUACCUUGCCCACGUCGCGUACUUCGGCUUCAUGUCUGAGACAGAAGACCCACGCACAUUCAACAAAUCACUCGCCAUGCUCCAGAUCGUCGACACAGUGCUGUAUCUUGUCAGCGCUCUGCUCAUCUACCACUACGUGGGGCCUGAGGUCCAGUCACCGGCCAUUCUGUCUAUGAGUCCUGUGAUGAGGAAGAUUGCUUGGGGCAUAUCAAUCCCAACGACAAUCCUCUCCGGAGUUGUCCUCGGCCAUGUCGCAUGCAAAUAUAUCUACGUGCGGCUUUUCCGUGGAUCCGACAAGAUGCACAGCCGAAGCUUCCUGUCGAUUGGUUCCUGGGUCGCCAUCUGUCUUGCAGUCUGGGUCGUGGCCUGGGUUGUGGCCGAGUCGAUCCCUGUAUUCAAUGACCUGCUCAGUUUGAUUAGUGCGUUGUUUGGAAGUUGGUUUAGCUUCGGACUCCCUGCAAUUUUCUGGUUCUACAUGAACAAAGGCCGAUACUUCCAGAACUGGAAGAAGGCCGUCUUGACGAUAACCAAUGUGCUUGUCUUCCUUAUUUCUUGUGCCAUUUGCGGAUUGGGAUUAUGGGUGUCAGGAGUUGCAAUUCACGAAGACUCCAGCUCCCGAAGCUGGUCUUGUGCCAACACUGCAUGA